AACAUUCCAUAACAUCUGGUGGUAACCAACCACCACAUCAACUGAUCCAAGCGCCCAACCUGUGAUGAUCAAGCUGCAGCUGACUGCUCUCCGAAACACCAUCCACAAUGGGGAACAAAUCCUCCGCACCUUCAUCUGUUCCAACCCAGGAAGCUUCAAGUCCACUGCCCCACCAAUACAAAAUCCAAAAAAUUCUGGGGCAAGGCGGCUCGGCAGUGGUAUUCAAAUGCUUUGACAGCCAGACAAACAAAAAUGUAGCCUUGAAGUUUGCCAAAGGGGAAAAGAAGUUUAACUACGAGGCAGCCAUGAUGAAAUUUCUCAUGGAGCACGGCUUGGAUCAGCGGAACAUCAUCAAGUUUUACCACAGCUUCAGCUCAAACUCCUGUCUGGUGUUUGAAACGUGUGACAUUACUCUAAAUGACUACAUUAAGGAAAGAACCCAACCAAUGGAUUUGCAAGACAUUAGAACAGUUAUCCAGCAAUUGGCCACAGCUUUGGACGCACUGAGGGAUUUCGGCAUCAUCCACAGUGACCUGAAAACAGACAACAUCAUGUUGGUGGAUAAAACGAGAAAACCACUGGAAGUCAAGCUCAUUGACUUUGGCUUGGCCUUCUUCUACCAAAAAGUUAACCGCAACAUCAAUCAAUGUCUUUUUUAUAGGGCACCUGAACUCAUUUUGGGGCUCCCAUAUUCUGCAGCUGUGGACAUCUGGUCACUGGGUUGUGUAAUGGCAAGGAUGCUUUUAAACUGUGUUCUUUUCCCAGGGGAGAGUGAAUAUGAAAAUCUGCGCUACAUGGUUGAUCUUAUGGGGCCGCCACCAGACCAUCUUAUUAAUGCUGGCAGCAAGUCAGCACAGUUUUUCAUAAGGACAGUCUCCAACCAGUGGAUACUGAAGAGACCUGUAGAAUACUGGGGAUGGGAACACCUACUGACACACAAAAAGCCCUACAGCUAUCGCUUUUUGCAUCGGGCAAAAAUGAGUCAUCUGAAGUUUGAACAGCUGGCUGCCACAGAAGAGAGGAGGGAAUGCAUAGCGCUAGUGAACGCAAUGCUUCAGUGGGAUGCAGAGAAGAGGAUCACUCCCAAAGGCAUCCUGAACCAUGCCUUCAUUGUCUGGAACAGCGGCAACCCGAGCAGCUCUCUCCAUGAAUCGACCACUGCACUUGGACAGGAACCCAACACUGGCAAGGAAUCUGCUUCUUCUGCAACCAUGGCAAGUUCCACAGGCACAAGCCAGGAAAUGAAAGUUGCCAACUUUGUGGACAAUCCAAAUCAAGGAAAGAGACAUACGUUUGACAUUGCAGAACAACCAAAGGACAAGAACUUGCUUCCACUACCCAAGAUACACCAGCCUCCCUGUGAACAUUUGGGCCAGCCUGAUCUGACGGAAAAUGGAUUGCUCCUAAGGAAUAAACAUGGUGGAAGAUCCACAUCAGAGACAAGUUCAAAAUCCAGCAUCAACCAGGAGGAGAGGGUCCCUACUGCUGUUGUUGUACUUGCCCCAAUUGAGGAAACCGACAGAUAGGCCAACAACGAUUGCAGCAAGCCAAAGCAGAAAGAAUGUCUUUGUUAGGGGCGGGGCUAAAAACUAACAUCGGUUGCUGUCUAAAGUUGGUGUGGUGUAUUAAAAAGCCUAACUGCAAAACACACAGGUUCAGAUUUAUUAAACCGGGUAAUUUAACAUCAUGCAUCUAAAACAGAACUGAUAAAUACGGAGAAAUCCCCAGUCUAUUUGCUGAACUGAUAAUAUAAUCCAAUGUCAAUACAUUGUGAC